UCUCUCUCUCUCUGCUCCCUUCUAAAAUUCCUCUCUUGUUCUCUCCAUCUCUCUCUCUCUCUCUCUCUAGUAUCUACAACUGCGGCCAUUUGGAUCUGCCUUCUAGAUCAAGAUGGAAAACGAGGAUCAAUAUCAGCAAUAUGACUGCCUUCUAUUUGAUCUAGAUGACACCCUAUAUCCUCAGAGUUCAGGGAUUUCAGUACAAAUCACUAAGAAUAUUCAAGAAUAUAUGCUUCAAAAGCUUGGCAUGAAGGAAAGUGAAGUUCCUGAAUUGUGUAUUUCAUUAUAUAAGGAUUACGGGACGACGAUGGCUGGUCUUAAGGCUCAGGGCUAUAACUUCGAGUAUGAUGACUUUCAUAGUUUUGUUCAUGGGAGGUUGCCCUACGAUUCACUUAAUCCUGACCCUAUUCUCAGGGGUCUUUUACUUAGUCUACCUAUCCGGAAAGUGAUUUUCACAAAUUCAGACAAGGCACAUGCCGCUAGUGUGCUCGGGAAGCUUGGAAUAGAGGACUGCUUUGAGAUGAUUAUAUGCUUCGAGACUCUGAAUCCCACCAACAAUGCUGAUGAUUCUGUUGGUGCCAAAGAAACUGAAAAUAUUGAACAACCAAAUACUGGUUCUGUAAUUUCAAAGACCCCAGUUGUGUGCAAACCGUUUGAGCAUGCAUAUGAAGAAACUUUUAAGAUUGCAAACAUCAACCCCAAAAGAACGUUAUUCUUCGACGAUAGCAUUCGCAAUUUGCAAACUGCAAAGGAGUUGGGGCUCCAUACGGUAAUGAUUGGCACAUCUCACCGAACUAAAGGUGCGGAUCAUGCAUUUGAGAGCAUCCAUAAUAUCAAGGAAGCAUUGCCAGAACUCUGGGAAACCACUGAACAGUGUGAAAAUGUUCGAUAUUCGCGAGAGAUUGCAAUCGAACAACCAGUACAAGCUUAGGCCAUUUUUAAGUCAUCUGAAAUGUUGAGAGCUACAUUCAUCACAGGCAACCAUGUGGCUGAUGUGUUUCUUAUUUAUGUGAUUUUCUCGUACUUUGGAAUUGUAGAAUUGUAUUAUAUAUGUAAGCUUA